AUGAGCACGGAAUCUGAAUUGCAGGCCAAAUAUCAUGCCGCCGUCGAGCGUUACCAAGCCGCUGUACAGGCUGAGACAGCUGCUAAGAAGGAAAGGGAUGAGAAAGAGGCUUUAUUGGGGGAAACAGAGGAGGGCACCAAACAAAAUUAUCUCGCUUGGGCAGAAAAACACAGGGCAGAAAUAGCUUUUACUGAAAAGAUUGAACAAAGACGUGAUGCUGAGUAUAAGAGAGAUUUGUGCUACGUAGAUUGCAUGAAAUACAGGCACGGAGAUGACUCCAAGGAAGCACAAAUAGCCCAGCAUCGCGCAGAGUUUUCUCACACAAGGGACUUUGUUUACAGUGAUUACUGUCCAUAUUGGAUAAAAUGGUACAAGUUGGAUGGCAAAGUUCGGUGGGUGUAUUAUCUGCUCAAGGCAGAAGGUUAUGACAACGUCGCAGAGAAGCUCAGAAGCGCAAGAGAAGUGUUUUGUGAUUCUAUAAAAGAAGGAUUUAGUGGUGAAGCCUUUCGCAAUGCUCGGGAAGCUGCUCUGGGAGCGUUGGAUAAAUGGGAAAGAUGGAAUGAUCGUGUUGCCUGGGAUAAGGCCAAACCAGUGUACGACUUCGUACUAGCCAAGUGGAAUGAGUUCAAACCAAAGGGAGAAAAAUUUGCGGAAGAGUUGGAGGAAACAAUAAGUAAAUGUUCGAAACAAUAUUUAACAGUGUACCCUAUUGUAAGUAAGUGUAAGAGUAGUGCGUUGAAUCACCUCGAUCGGAAAAGUCAAACGAUUGAUGAUUUAAAUGAUCAACUGGACCACAAGGAUGAUCAGAUCGCUGCAUUGAAGAAUGAACUACACCAAAAGAGUCAAGAAAGUAAAGAGCAUCGCACAUGGAUAGGAUCGUUGAUCCACACGAUACAAACAUUGACCAAUUCGCUAUGUAAACAGGUUGAAAGAUCCGAUGCUUUCCAACGGCUUACACUGGGGGAAGAGUGA